AUGGAGCAUCUUCAGCGCGGUCAGCAUCACGCGUCGUACGCCGGCGGCGGUGGUGGGAGGGAGGACUGCUGGACGGAGGAGGCGACGGAGGCGCUGAUCGAAGUGUGGGGGGAGCGGUUUGUGGAGCUGAACAGGGGGAACCUCCGGCAGAAGGACUGGAAGGAUGUGGCCAUGGCGGUGAAUGAGCAUCUGGUGGCCGUGGGGAAGCCCCGGAAGACGGAUAUCCAGUGUAAAAACCGGAUCGACACGCUGAAGAAGAAGUUCAAGCUCGAGAAGAGUAAGCCGGGGUCCUCCCGGUGGGCCUUCUACCCCCGCCUCGAAGAGCUCAUCUGUCCCGACACCUCCAGCCCCGCGGGCGACGGUGGCGGCAAGAAGCCACAGGGAUCCGUGGGGACGUCCACCAGAUCUCAACGCGACUCGCCGCUCAGCUUCACCAUCAAACGUAGGUCUCCCUCGAAUGCGAACCCUAACGCCGGUGCGUUCUCGGAAGGGUCCUCCUCUAGGUCUAAAAUGAACUCAUCGCCCGUCUCUAGCGAGAGUUCCCGGGGAGACGACGGCAGGGUGAAUAACGAUGGGGAUGGUGACGAGGAGGAGGGUAACGGUUCGUUCCACGGCAGGAAAGUUUUAUUAGGCAGGAGACGGCAGUGGGGGAGCUCGUUGGAUAUAGAUCGUCUGGUCGGUGGUGGAGGUGGCAACAGAGCCAGUGGAGGCAGUGGAGGAGUUGGAAUGGAUGGGGCGUUCGGGGAGCUGGCAAAGGCAAUUGUGAAAUUUGGCGAGAUUUAUGAAAGGGUAGAGAACUCGAAGCAGCAGCAGAUGCUGGAGUUAGAAAGGCAGAGGAUGGAGUUUGCGAAGGAGCUCGAGUUCCAGCGAAUGCAGAUGUUCAUGGAGGCACAGCUUGAGCUGGAAAAGAUGAAGCGCCCAAAAUAUUCUUCUGGUGCUGGUGAGGACACUGAUGUUACUUCUGCAUCCUUGUUUGGAAUACCCAUUUUUAUAUGCUUCCCUCACAAUAUUUCUCCUCUUUUGGUGAUUAUUGACUGUUGA